AUGAGGUUGUUCACCUUUCUGAACCUAACCUUAGGACUACUACAACGGGUAUAUUCCCAAAGUAACCCAACAAUAACAAGCGCCAACAGCGUGCUUUUUCAAUUGAACUUGACAUGGGAAGAUGUGGCACCAGAUGGGACGGCGAGGAAAGCUAUCCUCAUGAACAAUGAGCUCCCUGGUCCCACUCUGCGAUUGAAACAAGGCGGUAAUGUAAAAUUCCUGGUUCACAAUGCAAUGCCUUUUCCCACCACCAUACAUUUUCAUGGGAUCGAUCAGCUGGGUACACCUUGGUCUGAUGGUGUUCCAGGAGUUUCGCAAAGACCAAUUGAACCCGGAUCAAGUUUUCUGUAUCGCUGGAACGCCAAUGUUUACGGAAGCUACUUUUAUCAUGCCCAUUCCCGGGGGCAACUUAUGGAUGGAUUGUAUGGCGCUAUCUACAUCGAACCGCUUGACUCCCAAGAGAGACCUUUUGACAUAAUCAGCGGUGACGCUGGUGAUAUCCAAGCCAUGCUACAGGCGGAAAAAAUGACAAAUCCCCUUAUCCUUUCCGACUGGCGUCACCUAACGUUUGAAGAAUUAUGGCAAGCUGAAAAGGCCACAGGGUUGGAUAUGCCCUGCGUGAACUCUUUACUUAUCAAUGGUAAGGGGUCGGUCAAUUGCUUUGAUCAAGAACUCAUCAACCAAAUGACCUCGCCCACGAUCAAAUCCCUUCUCCGUGGUGAAAAUCUUACAGAUAUUGCGUGUCCACCACCAGGUAGUAUCAAUCUUGAAGGAACAUAUGGACCGGUCAACUACAGCGCGAUCCCCUUUGGAACAUUCUCUGGCUGCAAGGCUUCCCAAGGCCAGACCGAGGUAUUCAAAAUUGAUCCUUCCAGUCGAUAUGCGAGUUGGGAUAUUAUCAGUGCAUCUAGUACCCGGUUUAUGACGUUCUCUAUCGAUCGGCAUCCUCUAUGGGUAUAUGCAGUGGAUGGCCGCUAUAUUGAGCCCAUUGAGGCAGAUGCGGUAACGCUCUUCACUGGCAGCCGAUACUCAGUCCUUGUGAAUUUGGAUAAACCUCCUGGAAAAUAUGCCAUGCGGGUGGUGGACGAUGGAAUCCAGCUCGUGAAUGCCACUGCUGUUCUAUCUUAUGAGACCGAAAACCUAUCUCUUGGAACCACGACCGGUGUAAAUCUCACAAUAGAUGACCCUUAUAUUGACAUUACUGGGGCAAAUACCUCUGCAAAUGUGGCAUUUUUGAACGAAUCUAAAAUUGUUCCAUAUCCAGCAGAAGAUGUUACGACAAAAAAAAUUGAUCAGACAUUCAUACUCAGAAUUUCUCGCCAAAAUAACUCAUAUACCUGGACCCUUGGAAGCGCAAUUUUCCCAAUGGCCCUUGAAAAAUUGAAUCUUCCACUCUUGUUCGAUCCCUCUGCCAUCACUGACAACGAGCUAAAGAUCAACACCAAAAAUGGAACCUGGGUCGACAUCAUCAUCCACAGCUUGGAUCUCAGCCAGCCUACUCACGCAAUUCACAAGCAUUCCAACAAGUUCUACGUCAUCGGUAGUGGAACUGGCGUGUGGAAUUUUACUUCAGUUGCUGAGGCGAUGCAGUCUAUACCGCAGAAUUUUAAUUUAGUCAAUCCUCAGAUCCGGGAUGGGUUUACUAUUGCGGGCACACAUGAGGAGCAGAGCUGGCUGGCUAUCCGUUAUCAUGUCGUGAACCCAGGUGCAUUCAUUAUUCAUUGCCACAUCCAGCCGCAUUUCAGUGGGGGGAUGGCAAUGGCUAUCUUGGAUGGAUUGGAUGCUUGGCCAGCCAUCCCACCAGAAUAUGAGCUUUCAAAUUUCUAA